UCGGCUUCGCAGUUGAUUUAAAAACUGCACGAAAAACGACACUGCUGUCAAAACUUCUGUUGAUUAAAUGACAGCUAAGCAUUUUAUGACAAAAGUGAGUUUUCAAAGCAGUGGCGAACUUCGAGGAAGAAACUUUGCCCACGGUGAAAGGCGCAUCAUCAGGCAGAGCAACCGGACCGGCUGUUGUGCCAAGCGGCUGAUUCAGUGUGCAAGCAUUUCGUCUCCAUCCAGUGAAGGACAAACGACUUAACCGUAAGCUGAGGCAGUCGCACGCAAGCAAAAGUGGAGGAAUCGUGACCACAAGCAGGAAUAACAUCGGGAGGCAAACACAAGUCGAGCAGCGGACUAACGGCGAGAACAAUAACAGCAGAGUGUACUCCAUCCGCGGACCGAAGAAAAAAAAAUGGAUGUCUUCAUGAUGAUCAGACGGAAGAAGACCACCAUCUUCACCGAUGCCAAAGAAACCACGCCGGUCCACGAGCUUAAGCGAAUGAUCGAAGGAAUCCUGAAAGUGCCUCCCCGGGACCAGCGCCUGUACAACAAGGACAACCAACUGAUGGACGACGACCGGACGCUGCAGGACUGCGGUAUAACGGUGGCCACAGCCAAGGCACAGUGCCCGGCCCAGCUCGGUUUGGCCGUCCGGGAAAACAGCGGCGAUUUCGAGCAGCUGGAUCUGACUCCGUACUCGCUGCCCCCGGAUCUACCGGACGUGAUGAACAAACAGGACGCCGCCAACGGACAGGAUCAGCUUGCCUAAUGACGGGGUUUGGGGCUGCGCAAUUAGUUUCGUACUCCUACACACCCUAUACCUACACAAUGAUUGCACUACUUACUGAUGUAAAGGUCGCGCGGGCGGGCGGGGUUGCUUAGCACUACACUUUUCAUUGCUACUUUGGCUAUCACUUGAACAUAGCAAUCAAUCUUUUAAUUUAAAGCAAAAUCAAACUCCAUUGUUUUCCCCCACAUACCUAAAACAACAGUUUACUGGACAUUCAUCCCCAUUAAAAAAAACGUUCGCAGGCAAUAACAGUGGGAAAGAUUUCCCCAGAGUAUAGUACUCCAUCGUAACCCGCUGGGAUUUGUUAUAAUUUCUGUUUUGAUAAUCGUGUCACAGUGGAAGCAGUUUUUGGGACUCGAUUCGAGAACGGUAGCCUAAUACACAUACACAGAGAGAAUGAAUUGCACGGUUGUUUCAACUUUUUAGUUUUAUAUAUAUUUUCGAAAGACCACGACAGGGUGGAAGGAUAUCAAAGUUUUCAGAGCAUGUGCUACCAGCUACGGAGAAAGGUCGUUAUCCCUUCAUGUGUAUUUUUUAUUUGAAUUUUAUCAUUGUAAUUAAAUUAUGAAAUAAAUUAUGCUCGAUAUUGGGAAAGA